UCUCAGCUGGAAGCAGCAGUAAUUGCCUCGUAAGCUGCGAGUUUGCUGGUUACAGCUGGAGAUCCGAUGGCUUUCAGUAAGUCAUUUCUUACAAAAUUGCUGUUGCCAUGAAAACUCCUUCAGCGUUCAAGCAACGAAGCAGCAUAAAGCAGUAGGAAAUGAGCAUUAAAUGAGGGAAGUAACCCAGUGCCAAGCAGUGCCUGUCAGGGCUGCCAUGCGCGUUACUUUUCUGAAAGCACUCCAAAUCAGCAGCUAAAAGAAAACGUUAGGAGAGAAGGAGCUUUUAAAGUGUCAAUAAUUGCAGGUUUAACUUUCCUAACAGCCACACAGCAAUACUGGGGAUACGAGUCUCAAAAUGGACAAGUUGGGAAAAGGUUCUGGCUUCAGGAGAAAUACCAUGGUUAGGUCUUGGCAACCAGCAACCACACCUCUGGGGCAACCAGCCUCAGCUCCAUCUGUGUCUCUUGGCAGCACCCAACCCAGAAGACCUGUCAUUGCACAACCGGCUACUCGGGCCUGGGCAGAGGAACAGGCAGCACUGCAGCAGGACCAGGUUCAACAGGAUAAGAUCUGGAGAGAGGCUGUGGAGGCUGAACAGAGAGGAAGAAAAAUCUGGUACCAGAACUGGAGUUUCCUAAAGGACUAUGACCAAAUGGGUAAGAAAAAGGAGCAGAAGCCACUGCCAAACUAUGUGCCUGUGUUCUCAAGCAAAGUUCCCAACUCAACCAACCAGAGGAUUGGCAGUCGAAUGAGCACUGAACUUGGCAGGGCUCUGGUAAACAUGGAUUACUUCUUCAGCAGUGGAGCACGAAAGAGGAAACCUGAGGAUGAGCUCCAGCUUUCCUAAUGCUUCAAUAAAAAUACCACAGUAAUAAAGCAAGUUAAAUGGUUCUAGCCAACAGACUCCACAGCAUGUAAAAAAUUCCUCAAUCUUUUUCUCAGAGAGACCAAUACUACUGUCUAGCAUGGAAUUUCUUUCAAGAGCAAAGAUGGAUGUUGUCCAACAAUGCUGUAGGAGACAAUCCUCUUCGUAUUUGGGGUGACUGGGCCAUACACAGAGAGUUAUCACUACAGAUCUCAUCCGUCUUCCCAUGCAAGUCUACAGUAAGGUUGCCACCAACAUCAGAAAGAACGAGAUUACAGCCAAAAGGCAAUUUCUUCCUGAAUUUUUAUCUCCUGAAAAUAAAAAAAUAAUGGACAUCCGCUCAGAUGAGUCGCAACAUAAACAACAUACUUUCAGUUCUGAAAGUCAGCGCAACAAAAUGCAGCAGCUUGUUGCAUUUCAUGUAGUUAGCCAAGGAUUCAGCAGCCUCUGUCAUCUGCAUGUUUAAACUUGCUCUAAAGAACAAAAUUUAAGGCAUGUGAGAUGCAUACUGUGCUUUUUCAGCCCGUCCCACUGUGGGAAGGAGACCCAAUUUUUUUUCACACCAGUUUUCAUUUUUCUUUCUGCUCUCAAAUUCCUUUCUCUUACUCUUUUUUCCUGGUUUAGCUGAUGGAAAGUCAUUGACAAGGAAGGAGACUUUCACAUUGUGCUUUGAAGGCACAUUAGCUCAGCAACCCGUUUUACACUCAGGAUCAUCGACCUUGAACUUAACAGGUUCAUAGUUCCUAAAAUCUGUGGUUGCCCAGGGAAACCAUCACCAAGCUGAACUGACACAAUACCUAAAGCCUGUUCACUUGUGCACUUUCAUUACAUGGGUGCAGAUGUUGUGACCUGUUGUUCUGUAGAGAAAAAGCAUUAAUCAGUACAGCAUGGAGAGUGCCUUUUGACCUACAUGUAGCU